AAGAAGAAAAAAGAAAAAAAGAAAAAGAUCGUGUAAUUUUUUCAGGAAAAAAAUUUCUUAAGCUCUUUCCGAUCUCCUUUAAUAUUUUCUUCCCACUAUAGAAUUUGUAGAAAAUGUUAUGUUAAGGGAGAUCGAAGCCUGGUAUUUUCACUUCCCGAAUUGAUAAAGAAUCUUAGGAAAUACUAUUGAAAAGAAAUUGGAAUUUUCGUAUUUUCCUACAAUUGCAUUAGAUUGUAACCAUGGCAGGAGGUGGAGGUGGUGCUCCUGUAAGGGAACUUGAUGAGACGCCGACAUGGGCGAUUGCUACCGUGGUCGCAGUUAUUAUCUCGGUAUCAAUAAUUUUAGAGAUGGUUCUUCACAAAGUUGGAGAGUGGUUUACAAGGAGACGCAAGAGGGCCAUGUAUGAAGCUCUUGAGAAAGUUAAAGGAGAGUUGAUGGUUCUUGGUUUCAUUUCCUUACUUCUGACAUUCGGGCAGAGCUACAUUACCGGAAUCUGUAUUUCGGAGAAAUCUGCUGAUACAAUGCUGCCCUGUGGCAUUAGAAGCGCGAUAAUGGAGGAUCAACAUGGACCUCAAAUCGAUCAUGGUCCACCGUCUGGUGAGAAUCAUGUACCGUCCGACGAGCCCCAUCCACCAUUAGACGAUCAUGGUCAACCUGCAGAGGAUCAUCCUCAGCCUGCCAAUGAGCAUCCUCAGCCUGCCGAUGAACAUCCUCGGCCUGCUGAUGAGAAUCAUGGGCGGAGGCUUUUAUGGGAAGAUUAUUUAGGGGAUUUGGGUCCGCAACGUAGGGUUCUAAGCGGUGGCGGGGGACAUCAUAAAUGUCCCGAGGGUAAGGUGCCGCUUGUUUCAGCAAAUGCUAUACAUCAGUUGCACAUCUUCAUAUUUUUUUUAGCAGUCUUUCAUGUUACAUCUAGUGCUCUAACAAUGACCCUCGGAAGAAUGAAGAUUCGUGCAUGGAAGGAAUGGGAGAUGGAAACUGCAUCCACUGAUUAUGAAUAUUCUAAUGACCCUUCAAGAUUCAGAUUUGCUCAUGAGACGUCUUUCGUGAGACUCCACACAAGUCUUUGGACUCGGCUUCGUGUUUCAUUUUACAUACUCUGCUUCUUCCGUCAAUUUUUCAGGUCUGUUCGUAGUGCUGAUUACCUGACCAUGCGCCAUGGAUUCAUCGCUGUUCAUUUAGCUCCUGGAACUAAGUUUAACUUCCAAAAAUAUAUUAAAAGGUCAUUGGAGGAUGACUUCAAGGUAGUUGUGGGAAUCAGUCCUUUACUGUGGGCUUCAGUUGUGGUCUUCCUGCUUGUUAAUGUUAAGGGUUGGCAUGCACUGUUUUGGGUAUCUGUAAUGCCUCUAAUUACAAUUCUGUUGGUUGGAACAAAGCUGCAAGUUAUUAUCAUGACAAUGGCCCUUGAAAUCCGAGAGCGGCAUGCAGUGGUUCAAGGAAUUCCUCUUGUGCACAUCAGUGACAAAAAUUUUUGGUUUAGUCGGCCUCGUUUUAUACUGUCACUCAUCCAUUUCACACUGUUUCAGAAUGCAUUCCAAAUAAUAUACUUCCUUUGGAUAUGGUACGAGUUUGGGUUGAAUUCUUGCUUACACGAAAAUUUUACACUUAUACUUUGCAGAGUUGCUCUUGGGGUGGGAGUCCAAUUUUUAUGCAGCUACAUUACACUUCCACUGUAUUCACUUGUAUCUCAGAUGGGAACACACAUGAAGCAGUCCAUAUUCGACGAACAGACAUCUAAGGCCCUCAAGAAAUGGCAUCAAGCUGCAAAGAAGAAGCAUGGGAAGACACCUCCCCAUUCCCCUACUUCUAGGACUUUGGGUAUGAGCGCAGAUACAAGUGGGGAUUCAACGCCGUUGCAUGAACUUCAAGUCAAGGCUAGUGCAACGGGCAUCACAACAUCACGCUCCAACAAGAAUCUUCACUCAAACCAUGAAAUGACUGAGAUGGAAGGCAACAUGUCACCCUCGGUACCGAAUUUGCUCUGAUGACCCCACGAGCUGCAAACUGAUGUGGUGAUCUGAUUAGUGAAUUUAGGCUCUCUCAUAGUUUUUGUAAGAAUUUAGCUGAAAAUCAUGUAUACCAUGGACUGGCAGAGAACUUGAUUACAAUAGAUGGUCUUGAUCUCCUAUGUCAAGCACAAGGGUCUAGAAUGUGGGCUAAAUGAACAAGCACGCCAUGAUGAAGAUGGCAUCUCAUUGGCUAAGCCUUCUACAUCAAUGAAAAGUACCCAAUGGUGGUGGUUGAUGAUGAUGACAAUGAUGGUGUUAGCAGUGUCAUUAUGAUGAUGAUGAUGACAAUGAUGGUGUUAGCAGUGUCUAUGAUGAUGAUGAUGAUGACACUGAUGGUGUUAGCAGAGUCUAUGAUGAUGAUGACAACUCUCCUUGGGCAGUUCUGUUUUCCAUGCCUCAAUGUGGUGCAUUUACUAUCAUAUCUUGUACAUUGUAAGGUGCAUUUGAGACAUGGUAACAUUAGGCUAUGUACAAGAAGUGUAAUUUUCAUUUGGGAAAAGAAUGUCGAUACAAUAGUCUGUUUUAGUCA